AGUGGUCUACUAAACACACACACCCUAGCCUAUCUCCCACAAAACGGUCAGUCAGACUCCGAUAUCUUAACCCGAUUACUCCAACCCACCACAUCUUCAACUCACAUCCCCUUUCCUCACCGGCACCAUAUUCCACCGGCGCCGGAGAGCAAAACGAUGUCCUUAUUAACCCCCCAACUCCACCAACCCCCAACCGCUUUCUCUCUCCUCACCACCACCACCACCUCCUCUCUCUCUCACUACAAAACCCCAUCAUUCUUCUUCCGUAAACCCACCUUCUCACCCCUAAAAUUCUCCAACAACAACGACUCAUACGAAGAAGACGACGACGACGAACACGUAAUCGGAGACUGUUUAGUUUUCGAAGAAGGUAUAUUCGAAGACCCUUACAUUCAACCCGAAAUUCACCUUCAGGAUUCAAAACCCAUGAAACAAAAAGUGUACACUAGUAGUAAGAAUAAGAAUAAGGUUGAGGUGAAGCCUGAGGAUUUAAUUCCGGCGAAUUGGAAAGAUGUUCAAGCGGAAAUUAAUAUUACAAAAAAAGAACGGAGGAAAAUGGCACAGGAAAUGGAGUUUGGGAGCAGGUUACAGAGGAGGAAACAGGGGUUGGAACCGAUACCAAUGGGGUACGCGAGUGCGAAAGAGUAUAAAGCUGCAAAGUUGAGGGAGUUGAAGCCACUUGUGUUGGAUAAUCCUGAGUCUUUGGAGGAAGAUGAAGGUGAAAAAGAUGGGAGUGAUGAGGGUGGGGGAAUUAGGGGGGUUGGGGAUAGUAGAGUGGCGCCGAGGAACCCGAAAAUGGCGGUGUAUGGGCGCGGUUUGGAUGAUAUUUCGCAGUUUUUGAAUUCGGGGUUGUAUGAUCCUGAGGCUGCUAAGGAUCCUGAUGGUCCUCGUAAGCUGUUUACGAAGGACGAGAAGUUCCUUAUGAAUAAACGGGUUCCUGAUUUAGCAGCUGCCACCUCAGGAAAAUGGCAACCUUUACACACUAUUGCUGCAUCAGGAGAAUUUUACCUUGUUGACGCUAUGAUGAGAUACAAUGCGGAUAUUAACAUCCCUAACGAGGAGGGACUUACUGCAAUUCACAAAGCAAUACUUGGAAAAAAGCACGCUAUUUGCAACUAUCUACUAAGAAAUUCAGCCAAUCCAUUUGUUCGUGACAAAGACGGUGCUACCCUUAUGCAUUAUGCUGUACGCACUGCAUCAACUCAAAUGAUAAAAGUCCUACUACUAUAUAACGUGGAUAUAAACCUUCCGGACAACGACGGGUGGACCCCACUGCAUCUAGCUGUCCAAGCCCGUAGAACUGAUGUGGUUAGGCUUCUCCUGAUCAAGCAAGCCGAUAAGACCCUAAAAAAUCAAGAUGGGUUGACCCCACUGGAUCUUUGCCUUUAUAGUGGAAGAGACGCACGGACAUAUGAGAUGAUCAGGCUGCUAAAACUUCCACCCAAACCGCGUAAACAUGCUCAACUUAUGGAAUAGGAGCUUUUGUUAUGACAGCAUCAUGCAUGGGUUCAUGGCCAUCAAGCAGUAGUUCAAUUGGCGGACACUAACAACUUGUUUAUAAGGGCCCAAGUUGUUGGGAGCUGAGAUGGCCAGUCUGGGAGGGGUAGGCUAUGUAUUGCAAGCAUAUAUCGAUUGGUCUAACUGCUGUUUGCAUCUGAGCCGUAUCUAUAUAGCAUGUUUCUUAUGUAUCUUGCAAUUACUUGGCAUUGUUUAUAAAAAUUUCAUGUUGUUCA